CCACAAGACUAGAUCUAAUGUAUUCUGUGUGUUUAUUGAGCAGGUUUAUGGAAUCACCAACUAAGCAGCACAUGCUUGCUGCCAAGAGGGUGUUAAGGUAUUUGAAAGGCACAAAGGGAUAUGGGAUCUGGUAUGAAAAAGGAGGGAAGGAAGGAGGCUGUUUGCUGGGGUACACAGACAGUGAUUAUGCUGGGGAUGUGGACGAUAGGAAGAGUACUAGUGGCUACGUGUUCUUCCUAGUUGGAGGAGCUGUUUCCUGGGCCUCCAAGAACCAGCCAGUGGUCACUUUGUCAACAAAUGAGGCUGAAUUCGUGGCUGCCUCCUAUGUUGCAGCUCAAUGUGUUUGGCUGAGGAGGAUCCUGGAACAGAUGAACUGGACAGAAAGCAUAAAGGAGCCAACCAAGGUAUUAUGUGAUAAUAAUUCAGCUAUCAAGUUGUCUAAAAAUCCAAUCCUCCAUGGCAGAAGUAAGCAUAUAGAUGUCAGGAUCCAUUUUCUAAGGGAUCUGGCCAGAGACAAGGUGAUAGAGCUGGUGCAUUGUGGGACAAAAGCCCUUAGUCUGGAGAAGUUUCAACUGCUAAGGACUCAACUUGGAGUUUGUGAUAAUGUUGAGAUCGAAGUGCUGAAAAGACUGAACUGGAGUUUGAUAAAGGGUCUUCAGUUCAAGGGGAGGAUGUUGAAGGUCUGGCGUGAGAAGGUUAAAGUUUGAAUAUGAUCGUUUUGGUUAUUUUGAGUGUUAGUCCUUUAUGUUUUAGUCUAUGGUACUUGAGUCCUUUGUAGCUGUUAGCUGAAGAGUCGAGUCAAAGUCAGUAGUUGUUAGUGGUGUUUUCUGUUAGCUUGUUUUAAGGAUCGUGGAGUUAAAGUUGUUGUUCAGAUGCCGAGUUUGGUGGCUGAUCGUAAUGUACUUAAGCUAUGUUUGAGCUAAACAAUAAAAAUUAUCAGUUUGCAUCCAAGUUUGUUUAUCAGAUGGUAUAGCAUACAUGCGACUACAUCAUCUACUCAAAUCUCCUCAAGCGUGAAGAGCCACCAAAGAAGUACUGAAUCACAUGAGGAGGUAUGCUUGGCGACCAUGGCGAUCCUUUUCGAUAUUGCACCCUCAAGGUCUUCAACCUGGUGAAGGGAGAGGCUUCAACAUCCAUUAACGACUUCAGUUCAUCAAGGGGGAAACUUAUGUUGCGUCUCAUCUUCCUGAUGAUUCAAGGAAACACAAUCAGCCCAUUGCUCAGAACGAUCUAAUACGUCGACUAGCAUAGCUCGCUGUUACAAACACAAGCGAGUAUAUUAUAGUACCCAAGUCUUGUGCCAACAUAAGGUAAGUAAUUACCUCGUCAACGUUGUAGAGGUAGAGAAAAAAACAUACAUUUGUUUUUUUUAAAUUAAUUUAUUUUAUAUAUGUAGUGACUACUAUUAAGCAUACAUAUAUGGUGCUUUACUUUCUAUUUUGUUUUGGAAUCGGAAAAGCCAUUCAACCCAAAUUGUUAAUACUAGUAUAUGCCCACUCGCUAUCGUUUCGCUUGUGAGUGACAACAUGAUAUUUUGUAGAGUAAUAGUUUAAAUAAUGUUGAUAUGAAAGUAGAAGGAUUCUAUUUCAUUCUUAAUCUUUCUUUCCAUGGGUUUGUCAAAUACAACACCAUGUGGUCGGCUAAGCGAUAAACUUUUAGAAGGUUUGAGGAGGAUCAACUUGUGUUGACCGGGCCGAUAUUGUCCAGUCUGUACUCUUUUUGCUUUGUUUUUAUUAAGUUUAUCUUGAAUUCUCUUUUUUAUGGAUUUUCAGGGCUAAUCGCAGUUUGAGGAGGUUCAACUUGCGUUGACCAGACUGAAUUAGGUUAAACGCAAUGGGUUUGGGUUCAAUUAGCAUUCUCAAUAAAAAAGAAAAAAAAAACAAACACAAAAGCGGAUGAAACUCGCUCCCGAGCUAAAACUCGGCAACAAUAGGUUCAACACGCUUUGACCGGGUUGAACCAAUUUUUUAACAAAAUUCACAAUUGACCCAACAUGCCAAUAAAAAAAGCAAAUAAAACUCACUCCCAGUAAAAAAAACUUGUAAAUAUUGGGUUCAAGUCGUUUUGAUAAGAUGAAUUAGAUUGGAUACCUUGGGUUUGAGUUCGAUAGUCAUUCUCAACUAAAAUGAAAAGAUAAAUAAAAACACUAAAUGAGAUAAACUCACUCCAAACUAAAAAAUCUCGACGUUGAGUUUAACUCGCUUUGACUUGGUCGAACCAAGUUCUUAAAGAAUUCACACUAGACCAAACAUGUCAAUUAUAAAAGCGGAUAGAAUUC